UGAAAGAAAUAAUCGAACGAAGAAGAGAAUAUACCCAAAUUAUUUUAAAUCACGAGGGAUUUAGGGUUCUUCGCGGGGUAUGGCCGUGUCCGUGGCAGCGGAAUGGAGCGCCAUCGCCAACAGGUACUACCGGAAGCAGGAGAUCUAUCGCAUGGCGUGGCACAAUGUGGAGCUGAGCGGCCACAAGGUAGCGUGCGCGCGAUUCGGGGGGAUGAUCGCCAUUAUCAGGGACGACACCAAGAUCGUCCGGCUCCGAUCCGAGCCAGCUCGCCCCAAGCUUCUGAUAUUUCGAUCCUCCGGCCUGCUGGUCGCAUCGAUAACCUGGGACCGGCCCGGCGGCCGAUUGAUCGCCAUGGGAUGGUCCGACGAAGAAAUCCUCCACUGUGUGAUGCAAGACGGGAGUGUGUUUCGAUAUGACGUCCACGGGAAGCUGCUACCCGAUAAGGUCUGGUUUGGACAGGAAUGCUGGGAUCAAGGGAUCAUGGAAUGCAUCAUCUGGGGAAAUGGGAUCGUCUGCCUCACCGAGGCCAACGCGGUGUUUUGCAUCCCGGAUCUCGGCUCCCCGCAGUUCGUGAAGCUCGCGCAGCUCACUCUGGAAGAUCCUCCUCACUGUAUGGCGAUCAUAGAGCCCCAGCACACGGUGUCGGGGAGUGUGGAGGUUUUGCUCGCGGUGGAGUCGACUGUGAUGGUGGUGGAUGGCGGAUCCAUCCAGGAUCAAGGGACGACGAUAGGACCGCUCGGGAAGAUGGUAGCUUCUCCUAACGGGAGCUACGUCGCGUGCUUCACUCACGAUGGACGGCUUCUGGUCGUCACCAGUGACUUUUCAAAGACCAUCUCGGAAUUCGACACUCAGUCUGCUCUACCGCCCGAGCAGCUCAUAUGGUGUGGAAUGGACAGCGUUUUGCUCUACUCCGACGACAGUGUGCUCAUGGUUGGUCCUUACGGCGAUUGGACCAAGUACACUUACGACGAGCCUGUAGUGCUUAUUCCCGAAUGUGAUGGCGUCCGAAUCCUGUCCAACACGUUCAUGGAGUUUCUCCAGCGGGUGCCGGACACGACGGUGUCUAUUUUUUCGAUUGGGAGCACGUCUCCGGGGGCAAUGCUCUACGAUGCUUACGACCACUUCGCGAAACGCAAUGCCAAGGCCGAUGAAAGUAUCCGAAUGGUUGGUUCUUCUAUUCCUGACGCUGUUGAAGCGUGUAUAGAUGCUGCUGGACAAGAGUUUAGGAUGGAGUUGCAAGACACGCUAAUGCGUGCAGCAGUUUAUGGUAGAACUUUCUGCAGACGCUUCUCGAAGACCCGCAUACGUGAAACGUGUAAGACAUUACGAAUACUGAAUGGCGUAAGGGAUCCAAAUGUUGGCAUUCCCCUGACGCUGCAGCAGUUGAAGGUUUUAACUUUGCCAGUCCUUAUCGAGCGACUUGUGAAUGAACACAAGCACUUACUUGCCAUCAGGAUGUCGGAGUACAUGGGUCUUAGUCCAGAAACAGUUGUAGUUCAUUGGGCAGGCGCGAUGAUUACCGCGGCCACCUCAGUACCAGACCCAGAACUAUGCAACCUUCUACUGGAGAAGCUGAAAAUGUAUUCUGUGUCAUACGCUGCAAUUGCUGCUCAUGCUUACAGAAAUGGCCGGCGAACUCUGGCUGCACUUCUUCUGGAACACGAACCACGGUCUUCCGAACAGGUUCCCCUUUUGACUAGCAUGGGAGAAGAGGAAAAAGCUUUGGGGAAAGCCAUCAAGAGUGGAGAUACAGACCUUGUUUACUUCACGUUAUUUCAUCUAUGGCAAAAGAAAUCACCGUCAGAGUUUACACGUGCUGUUCAAGACAAGCCUCUUGCUCGCAACCUUUUUAUCGCCUAUGCGAGACAAAAUGAACCCGAUGUUUUGAAGAAGUUCUUCGCAUCAAUUGGACAACUUCAUAGGGUUGGCGAGCUUCUGUUAUGGGAAGCGUGGGCGCAAUCCAAAAAUCCUGUCACUCGACAAGGAUCUCCUCUUCAAGGGCCUCGAAUUCGUCUUAUAGAAGAAGCUCAACGCCUGUUUUCUCACAGCAAGGAGCACGACUUUGAGGCGAAAGCUUGUGACGAGCAAGCACGGCUACUGAAGAUCCAGCAGGAACUAGAAGCAAAAACUGGCAAAGCGAUUUUCGUGGACACCAGUGUCAGUGAUACGAUUCGGACAUGCAUUGUUUUGAAAAAUCACCGAGAGGCGCAAAGGAUUCGUGUCGAAUUCAAGGUCCCAGACAAGCGAUUCUAUUGGCUCAAGGUUCUGGCGCUUGCAUACAUCAAGGACUGGGACGCGCUCGAAAAGUUUUCGAAAGAGAGAAGGCCGCCAGUUGGAUUUAAGCCCUUCGUCGAAGCUUGCCUACAAGAAGGCCAGACCUCCGAGGCACUGAAGUACAUCCAGAAGCUCUCAGAUCCCGAAGAGAAGGCCGAGGCGUAUGCUCAAGCUGGAAUGGCCAAAGAAGCAGCGGAAGUGGCGGCGCAAGCCAAAGACAGCGAGAUACUUGGCCGUCUCAAACUUACAUUCGGCCAAAGCACCACCGCCGCCGCCCUGUUUGAUUCGAUUCGCGAUAGAUUGUCUCUCCAAGGAGGCUAAAUCCGAGCAAGGAAUAUACCCCGUUUUAAAA